AUGGAUUUGAACGAUUUGAAGAACACGGUCUCGAACCUGACCUUGUACGACCUCAAGGCCGGGUUCCGGAAGGCCCAGAAUGCGGUGAUGAACUAUACCGAGAUGGAGUCCAAGGCAUGUCGGGUGCGGGAGGCGACCAACAAUGAGCCCUGGGGAGCCUCGUCGACCCUGAUGCAGGAGAUUGCAAACGGCACAUUCAACUAUCAAACACUCAACGAAAUCAUGCCCAUGAUCUACCGUCGAUUCACAGAAAAGUCGGCCGAGGAAUGGCGUCAGAUCUACAAGGCCCUGCAGCUCCUCGAGUUCCUCAUCAAGCACGGCUCCGAGCGUGUCAUCGACGAUGCAAGGGGGCACAUUGCCCUGCUAAAGAUGCUCAGGCAAUUCCAUUUUAUCGACCAAAACGGCAAGGACCAGGGCAUCAACGUUCGGAAUCGAGCAAAGGAACUCGCGGAGCUCCUGAGCGACGUCGACCGGAUCCGCUCUGAGCGCAAAAAGGCACGCGCGACGAAAAACAAAUACACGGGUGUCGAGGGAGGCAUGUCGUUCGGUGGGGGCUUCUCGGGCGGCAGCAGCAGCGGCCGCUACGGCGGCUUCGGUAGCGAGUCGGCCGGCUACGGCGGUGGCAACGCCAAUUAUGGCGGCUAUUCCGGCGGCGUUUACGGCGAUGGCGGCGGCUUCGGCGGCCAAGCCAGCGAUUUCCGAGACACCAGCGGCAGGUCAGACAGGUUUGAGGAAUACGACGAGUUUGACGAGGGCGAGAGACCCGCGGCCUCGUCGAGACCAAAGAGGACGACGGAGCGCGCGGGUGUCAAGAAGACGACUGGAGAGGUAGCCAAGAAGAAGGAGCCAGAGGUGGACCUGUUCUCCUUCGACGAAACCUCGCAAAGCUCCUCCGCGGCCGCUCCGACGCCUUCCAACGGCUCCGGCCUGGCAGACCUGGGCGGCCCGAGCGGCAGCGCUGCGAACGAUGAUGACGAGUUUGACGACUUUCAAGAAGCCACGCCGGUCACACAAUCCGCGGCGCCGUCGGGCGGCUACGCCCAGCCGCUGUCGCCCCCCCUCACCUCGGCCGCGACCUCCUCUACCCAAUUUGCCGCUCCGCAGCCGCUCUCCGCUCCUCAAAAGGCGGACCUCAGCCAGAUGGUCAGCACGUCGUCCAUUUCGCCGGCGCCGAGCGCCGGGGUCAACUACUCGGCCUUUGCGUCACCCCCCGCUCAGGCACAGGCUCCGAAGCCGUCCGGCUUCCAAUCCACAGGUCCCAACUACUUCGGCACGGUCUCAUCUCAGCCUACUCAGGCGAGCGCGGGCAUGUCAGCCAUGUCCCCAAUGGCGACUUCCAGCGGCCCGACCACCAUGGCCAGCAUGAAGCCCGUCACCAGCCCAGGGGCCAAGCCUGCCGCGGCAGGCGGCGAUGCGUUUGGUGCGCUCUGGGGCAAGGCCAGCGGCGGAGUCAAGAAGACGGGAACACCUACCGCCGGGGCGUCCAUGGGCCAGCUGGCCAAGGAGAAGAGCGCGGCGGGCAUCUGGGGAGCUCCGGCUUCCGCGUCCUCGCAGCCCGCAGCGGGUCGCCCUGCGCCAAGUGGUGGCUCGGCGUCUGACGACCUGCUCGGGUGA